AUGGCGACGCAGCAGUUCGACGGCGGCGUGCCCUUUGCCGUUGCCGCCAGCGCGCAGAAGCUGCAGCUGCUCGAACUGCCGCCCGACGUCGCGGCGCUGCUCGACGCUCCCAAUCCCCCGCGGCUCUCAAUCAAAUCGUCCGCCGCCGCCGCCAACAACCGGCCUGCAUAUGCGGUGCUCUGCACCCCCAACAAGACCUUCCACCUGCGCCAGGUCCAGACGUCGAAUUCGCUUUUCGUCACCCAUCCCCAGCUCCUCGACUCCCAUGGUAACGACACACCCCUCCCGGCCACAUGCGCCAUAGCAUCGUGCCCCGCGACCCUGGAGUUGCAUCCCUCAGAUGUCUCCGCUGUCGCUAUGCUGCACGAGGUGCUGCCCGUGUAUGAUAUCGUGGCGGGCGACGUCGAUGCCACGGGCAACGGCAGGAGCAAGGAUCACAUUUUUGAAAACCUCCCCUUGUCAGACGCACAAUGUCAGGCAGGGUGGAACGAGCUGAUGGCGUUCGAGCACAAUGAAGACACGUACAUACCCUCUGUGAACGCACUGUCACAAGUGUGGAGGUCUAUCAAUGCUGCUGCACUGGCUGAGGGUGUGAGGUUGGACAGUCAAUUUCUGACUGAAGACAUUGCUACAGCAGUCGCCGAUGAUGGACAUCCAUCUCCCUUCACCAAGGCCGUGCUCAGACACGUUUCAAAUGACGAGCAAGACGCAGAAGGGCCAUGGUCAUGUCUCGACCGAGCAAGAACCGUUGCCUUUGUCGGCAAGACGCUGCUCGAAGCUAAGCAGGGAAGCAGCGACUUCCUCAUCGCCGACUUCACAGACACCUGGGAGGACAGAUUGCCCGAAGCAUGGCGCAAAGACGCGAAGCUCAGCGCAAUUGAAGGCUCGUACGAGUUCCCAUCAGACACCACAAUCAGGGCCAAGAGCAAGGAUGCAGCAGUCGCCAACGUGCAAGACGCGCCUGUAGCGACCAAACCGUCGGCGAGAAAGUGGCACGAGAAAUUUGCGAAGACGCGAAAGAAAUGA